AUGCCAUCACAUCUGUACAGUUUCGGGUCAAAUGGAAAGUAUCAACUGGGUUUAGGCCACGACCAAGACACGCACAUCCCGAAUCCCGUCGAAAGUGACGUUUUACCGCCGGUACCUCCAAAGGCUCUUGCAGCAGGCGGGAACCAUACCAUCCUUGUCUACCCGGACGGCAAUGCAUACAGCGUUGGUGACAAUGAGUGUGGUCAGUCUGGUCUUGGAGAAGAUAGCGUGACUGUUCCGCACUUUACAAAGGUGAAAGGAUCGUGGAGUGCGGCGGCCGCUGGAUGGGAGUUUAGCAUUUUCGUAAGUGCAUCAGGGACAGAGGUCUACAGUGCGGGUCGCGGCACCCGAGGCGAGCUCGGAUUGGGCACGGACGCUCUUCUCACCGGAAGACGAAGGGCGCUGCAGCAUAUCCCUGACUUUCCUCCUCCCGGGCGAACCGUAACAGAGGUAGCUGCUGGUGUCGCGCAUGUCAUCUGUACAUUGGAUGAUGACUCUGUCUGGGCAUGGGGCGACGGACGGAAGGGACAGCUUGAGGGCGCCUACGAAAAGACAAAAGUGUGGUGGACGCCUAGGGACACCGGUCUAAAAGCUAUACCACGGAAUUUUUACAAUGUCGAGAAACGCGUUGCUUGCGGUCGUGAGUUUACACUCAUCCAGACAGAAGACGGGCCCAUGCUCCUUGGUGGCGGACCAAGAGAUAGAUGGCAAAUAGCCAGCAUUCCCUCAUAUAUUCCAGCAACAGUGAAAAAUGUCGGAGCAUGCUGGUCAUCCGGCCACGUUGUAUCAUCGGAUGGACGUGUGAUAUCUUGGGGCCGCAACGAUCGAGGGCAGGGUGCUCCAGACUGCCUACCGUCGAUAAAACUCAUUGCAUCGGGAAGUGAACAUGUCUUGGCUCAAGAUUACCAAGGGAACAUAUAUGCAUGGGGUUGGAACGAACACGGGAACUGCGGGAGAGAAGACAAACUAGACGUGACAGGUAUACACGUGAUACGUGAGGGUGAUACAGUUAGUGCUAGUGACGGAUUCAUCGCAGCCGGCUGCGGUACUUCUUGGUUUUGGCGGUAA